AUGUCUCUAAGGACUCAGAAUGAUACCGUAAUUGAUGAUGACGAUGAGUUCUGUCCACUAUGUAUUGAAGAAUUCGACUUAUCGGACAAGAACUUCAAGCCAUGCCCUUGUGGUUAUCAAAUAUGCCAAUUUUGCUAUAAUAAUAUUAAGACCCACAGCGAAGAGGGUCGAUGCCCGAAUUGCAGACGUGUUUACGAUGAAAAUACAAUUCAAUAUCGGGUCCCAGAUGCAGAUGAACUGAAGGCAGAUCUGGCGUUGAAACACCGCAAAGCAGCUGCUGCAAAGAAAAAGGAACAGGAAAGACGCGAAAUUGAAGCCUCGAGCCGUAAAAACCUCGCCGGAGUUCGCGUUGUGCAGAAGAACCUCGUAUAUAUCAUCGGGCUCAAUCCAACAAUUCGUGACGAAAGCCAAUUGUUACAAACCCUUAGAGGCGAUCAGUACUUCGGUCAAUAUGGCGAAAUAGAAAAGAUUGUUGUAAGCAAGGCCAAGCCGGGCGGUAACCCUAAUCAGGGAAUAGGAGUGUAUGUUACUUUUGCCAGAAAAAGCGACGCUGCCUCCUGUAUUGCCGUCGUCGAUGGUUCCACAAAUGGCGAUCGAAUACUAAGGGCACAAUAUGGUACAACCAAAUACUGCUCAUCGUUUCUGCGUAACGAACAAUGCAAUAACCGAAAUUGCACAUUCCUCCACGAGACUGGAGAGGAUAGUGACAGUUUUAGCAGGCAGGAUUUGUCUUCUAUGAAUACUAUUUCAUCUCAACGUCCUCACCCCAGCUAUUCUAGCAUACCUCCUUCCCAAUCUCGUGCGUAUCAGCAGUCGUGUCAGCCUGGGCCGUCAGCUCCCCCUGGUUUGCACCGCCAAAGCAAUAAGGACGAGGGAAAUAGACAGCAAACAAGUGACUCUACCGGUCUUCCGUCCUCAGCAAGUUGGGCAAAUAAAGAAAAUCUUGUGCAGCGCACGAGGCGGUCGAGCAUGGCGGCAAGCCGGGGUACACCGAGUCCAAAAUAUGCCUCAGCAACUGUCACGAAGUCGGAGGAAGCGAGGCAGGCAGCCGAAAAGCGACCUGAACAGGCAAUUGAAGCCUCUCGCCAGAAUACACCAACUCCAGGCCCUUCAAACUCCAGCCCGACACAGCCUGUCUCGGUGUCUCGGAUAAGACCUCCUGCGUCAUCAGAUGCAACUACCACUGUUCUUGACAAUCUGCUGAAAGCUAUCAACUCGCCCGAAUUUCGAUUCCAAUUUUCUCCUGCGGGUCUUCCGGCGGAUGAACUGGCGUAUAUCGAAAAUUACCCCUCCCUUAUCGACCCAUACGGCGGUGUGAAAAGGCGAGCUAUGCGCGAAAAGGCGGAGCUGGAAAGAGUAAAACAAGACGCCGAAGCUAAAAUGUUACAAGCUAAUCAACCCGAAGAGGAGAACCUCGAAGGUGGAAGUUCACAGCUGGGUGGCGAACCUGAAGACUCACAUCCUGGGGUAGGAAGUACCGGGCGGAGUGCCCGUGAGCAACAGGCUAUUCAACCACCAUCUCACCAAGCAGCUUCAUCAAACUCUGCUAUUGGGUCUCCGGUCGCCGCUGGCCGCCAGUUCCAAAGCUUGAAUGUGAAUGGGCGGGCUUUAAGUUCAUUACAGCAGCAGCAACUUAUGCUUCUAAAAUCUGCAAAUACCCAGCAAAGCGGUCUACUUGAUCAACUCCACGUCUCUUCCAAUAACGGCUACGACCAUAAUCCGCUUUCUCGAUCAAGUGCGUUUCAAAAUCAAAUGCCACCAAUGGGCUCCAUGACUGGCCAUACACGACAAUCUUCUCGAUUUUCAUUUCCUAAUGAGUCCAAUACCAAAGCUUCUAGCCACCGACUUCUUAAUCAGCAAACAGCCAUAAUGCAAGCCUCUAACCCUAAUCCGAUGACGGCUUCUAAUACUCAACAUGGGCUCGGCAGCCACUAUUUUACUAGUGGAGUGCAAGGCCCCCCUCCGGGUUUGAAGACAGCUGGAACUCCGCCUGUUAGUGGCGGCGGCAUGUUUGCUCAAGGCCAUGGCUUUACAAGUACUAUGAAUAAUAACUUGGGUCUUACCGUCAAGCAAGAUGGAAAUGCUGACUUGAUGCGCGAGCUUAUGCGCUCCCGAAAUGGCACAAGUGGCAUUGGUGUUCAGGGUUUAGAAGCAACAAAGCGUGAGUACAUUUCUUCUUUCAUUCACCAGCACAAUACUCCUCCCCCCCUGGCUCCCGUUUCAGGCCUUCUCAAUUCGCUCUACGGCCCCAACCCCGGGUUUUACCAGGACCCCGGGCCACAGAAGCAGAAGAAAAGGGGGAAGAAGCACAGACAUGCUAACACUUCCUCCGGUGGAGGCGGUGUAGUGGAUCUUGCGGACCCGAGUAUCUUGCAGGCGCGAAUGCACCAAAAUAAUGCGACUGCUGUUGCCGGACAGGGACUGUACGGGAGUCAGGGUCAAGUGGAUGAAGAUUUUCCUCCCUUGGCUCCUCCAAAAUCCGUGAUGGACGAUGUUCGAAUUUCAUCUAGGUCCCGUUUUUCUACAGGGUCUCCCGUGUCCUCAUUUGGAAAUAAAACCCCGUCAGUUCCACCAGGUUUACCACUUCCACACGGCCAUCCUACAACUUCUCUUAUCAACGAGUCCAGUGUGCCAUGCAGUCCAUCGCCGUCCAAAAGCCCCAUAACGAUGCAACCAGCAAUCGCUCCACCUCCAGGGCUUACCCCUCCUCGAAAAAGUCGUAAUUCUAUCAUAUCCAGAGAUUCUACGCCAGCGAUCCUUGAAUCACCAGCACUUCUGAGGUCUGUUUCUGCAAGAAAUCAAGCGGAAGUCUCUUCAGGUUCCCCUAAGUCGAAGAAUCUUGGCUCUAGUUCUAAAGAAACACGCUCUUCUACGUCUUCUAAAACUGCCGGGCGUGGAGUUGAAGACCCAGCACCAAUAAAAGCCGGCAAGAAUGGCGCGCGAGAGCAUCAUGGGAAACCAAAGCCCAUCAAGCUUGAUAUUUCGUUUAAUCACGCCUCUAGAGAAAUAUCCUCUCCAUCACAUAGUUCUGUUCCAUAUCAGCUCCCACCUCUUGCCGCAUCGAUCACUAGCUCUCGCCCAAAUACCCCCGCAUCUCGUAUAUCUGAUUCUCCAGCUCCACGCCAGCCACGAGUACUACGAGUGGUAGAUACGCCAAAAUCAGAAACCCUGUCAAUACAACCGCCCAGUGCUGCUUCUGGCUCGGUGACAGCAGGUAAGCAGCGGUCACGACGGCCUAGCAUUUCCUCCAUCAGUCGCCCUGCUACACCAGCGGAAGUCGGCUCCGAAUAUGACCUUUAUACCUCUGCAUCUGCAUCUCGGGCGAACUCGCCACCUCUAAGCAGGAUAGGCUCGGCACCUGUUCGUGCCAUGUCAAAAAAUCAAGUCAAAAAGCAAAGGAAAUUAAAAGCUGAACAGGCUGAAGCUAAAAAAGAGGAUGAUGUGGUCGUCACCCCGGUCGACGAUUCUGUCCAAGCACCCAUCCUUGGGAGGAAGCGCAAGACAAAAAAGCCCUCGAAGCGUGGCGUUGAUGUCAUUGAAGACGGCCAAAAGACCCCAUCCAUUGUAAAUGGAGAAGAGCAAGACAAAAUCAGCGUUACUACCACACCAAAGCAACCAGAGGCAGCACCCACAUCUUUAGCGGAAACCGAACAUGACGACGAGGCACCAGAAGUCCACGAACCCUGGCGCUCCAAUAACACCCUACAGCAGCUAUUGGUGGACUCUGAAGAAUCAGGUGCGGCAAUGAAGGACCUGUUCCUUGAAAGAACUGCUCCAAUACCUACUAUUCUUGCGCAGCUUUUUAACUCUGGAGAGCUGGAUCUUCAUAUUCACCCACUUUUUAACCCACCCAACCUCAACCAGCGUAUGGACAUGAAAUGCAACGCUGAUGACUACGAAUAUCUGAAACGACCAAUCGAGUUGACUGAAGAGCAUCGCAGAAUGCUAUUACGUGGAGAGCCAGUCCGCAUCAACGGUGGAUCCGACCUUUUGAAGCAUAGGUGUCUCAUAACUGCCAAAGGAUGCAUUUUGCGGCAUCUUUCUGCUGAUGAGGAAGAUCACUAUAUUGCUCUUGAAAAAAGCUUAAUAGCUGCAGCUGAUGCAGGCCAUGGAUAUCCAGUGUUUAUUGUCACAGAACCGGACACCACCAACCGAGGUGGUGGGCUAGACGCUCUGUUUGCGACCCCUGAAAAGUUCAAUAUUCGUUGGGUCGACGAUGAUGCUUCCCGGGGAGGCUUGAUCACUGGCACGACUGAAGAUCCUGCUAUUCUUUCAAAUUCAUCUAACCAAGCACCUGCUGCCACGCCUCCAAAUGUCUUCUCUGCUCUAGAAGCUGAUUCUGCUCGAACUUCCAGCUGGGCAAUCACCAAUAGCACGGAUCCUGUCAAUGUUACGGCGCCUCCUCGUUCGUUAGUAACAACCAAAGCUAUUGUUACUGGUGCUACUCUUGGUAUAGGUCUAGAAGAACUCAUGAAUGUACCUGACAGCGAGCUGCGUUCAAUGAUCGAAAAUGCCCAGCGUGACCUCGAGGUGUCUCGAAAGGACGUGGAUGCUGUGGAUAAGAAGGUCACUGCUCUGGUAAAGAGAAAUAAAAAGCUUGUGCAGCAGGCACUCUCAGCGGCAUUGGAAUUUGUCGCUUCUUCAGAUACGAAAACCCCAACCUAA